AUCUCCUCCUCCCCGACAAAACCCACGGACCCUUGCUACGACGCCCUCGGGAAGCCGCGCCGGUGCAUUACGGAUUUCGUUAAUGCGGCCUUCGGGAAGGAGGUGCGGGCGUCCAGCACGUGCGGGACACCGGCCACGCGCUACUGUCAGGCAUCGUACAAUGCCGACGGGGAGAAGGUGCGGAAUUGCCAGAUUUGUGACGAUGCCAAUCCCAAGCGCCAACAUCCGGCCACCUACCUGACGGAUUUGAAUAAUCCCAACAACCUGACAUGCUGGCAGUCGGAGCCGUUUACCGAGGAGGAGGAAGGGAAGAAUGUGACGCUGACGUUGUCGCUGGGGAAGAAGUACGAGUUGACCUAUAUCAGUCUGCAGUUCUGUACGCAACGGCCCGACUCCUUGGCCAUCUAUAAGAGUGUGGAUUAUGGGCGGACAUGGGUGCCCUUUCAGUUUUAUUCUUCCGACUGUAAGGCGGUAUUCGGGAAGCCCAACCGGGUGACCAUUACGAAGACCAACGAGCAGGAAGCGCUGUGCACGGAUGCGCAUCUCACCUCCAAUGCCUUGGAGCCCGGUGCGGCGCUGAGGGGCGGGGCUAUUGCUAAUGGGAUUAACGGAGGCCGGGUGGCGUUCAGCACAUUGGAAGGCCGCCCGUCAGCGUUCGAUGUGGACAACUCCCCCAUUUUGCAAGACUGGGUAACCGCCACAGACAUUCGGGUCGUCUUCAAACGUUUUAAGGCCCCGGACACCGACAGCGCGACGGUGGACGAUAGCGACGAUGACGACAAUAGUGUGGACACGGAUCCCACCGACGACGCCCUGACCACCGGGAUGACCAUUCCCUCACUGAUUAUCACCUCUAACGAGACGGACACCAGCGUUACCUCCAGCCAGAGUGAGGCCCUGACCAGCUAUGCGUCGGCCCUCGUGCGGGCCAAACGGAACAAGCUAAAGGAGAGCUAUUACUAUGCCCUAUCGGAUUUCGCCGUGGGCGGACGGGCCAAGUGUAACGGACACGCGGCACGGACGGUGUACGAUCGGCAGGGCCGGCUGGUCUGCGAUUGUAAGCACAAUACGGCCGGCGCCGACUGCGAGAAGUGCAAGCCGUUUCACUAUGACCAUCCAUGGGGACGGGCUACAACGCGGGAUGCCCAUGAAUGUGUUGCAUGCAACUGCCAUGGACACAGCCGGCGUUGCCAGUUCAGCAUGGAGCUCUUCAAACUUUCCGGGAAGAAAAGCGGGGGUGUAUGCAUGAAUUGCCGGCAUAAUACCGCCGGACGCUACUGCCACCAGUGCAAAGAAGGGUUCUAUCGGGAUCCCACCAAACCAUUGACCCAUCGCAAGGUAUGCAUAGAAUGUGAAUGCCAUCCCGUGGGCGCAUCCGGGCGCAGUUGCAACCAGACCACCGGGCAGUGCACGUGCAAGGAGGGCGUCAUUGGACUGACCUGCAACCGCUGCGCCAAGGGCUAUCAGCAGAGCCGCUCACCCGUGGCCCCUUGUGUUAAGAUUCCCAAAACAGCGCAGGAGCUCAAUGGGAUACCCUCGACGGACGCACAAGAUGACAAAUGCGGCACGUGUGAAGUCAUGUCCCGGAAAGUCAACCAGAGAAAAUACUGCAAACGGGAUUACGUAAUACACGCUCAGCUGCUUUCCCGCGACACCGAAGGUCAAUGGAUUCGCUUCACUAUGAACGUCCUCGGCAUCUACAAACGCGGGAUGGGCAAGAUCUCCAAGGGCGACCAGUACAUCUACCUCCACCAGUCGGACUUUUUGUGCAAAUGCCCCAAACUGCGGCUGGGCCAGCAGUAUCUGAUCAUGGGCCGCUACCCGCAGAUUCCCGGCCAGCUGCCCACGGUGCGCGGCGUCCAGCAGACCAACAUGGUCAUCGACGCCCACAGCACCGUCAUCGACUGGAAGGAUGAGUGGGCGCGCCGGCUACGUAAAUUCCACAAACGCGAACGGAAGGGCCGCUGUAAGAAAGUCAUGGCGGAGGGGGCCGCCAGUGGUGGAGCGGGUGAUGAGGAAGACGAGGAGUGAUCAUUCCCGGGGAUGUUGCGAAGGGGAGGGGCAGGGGUUGGAGCACUGACUGUUUUGUUUCGUUUCGCCAAUCUAGCCAGAAAAGAAUAAUUUGCAGAAACUGAUAUUCAGUACGUGGAUAGAAUAUGUUCGCACUGCUGCAUGGUGUUGUUGAAAAGAUGGUUGUGGUUUUUGGCUUCGUGUUGCGGUACGAGUACAUAAUUUGUGCUAAUAGAUAUCGUGGAGGUAGUCGUUUUGUUAUUGGUUAAGAUAGCGUUAUGGUACAACAUGUUGAAAAUAGAUUUAUAAUAUCGUUACCAGUUACAGGAGUAAUUAAUAUACCUUCUGUGGAUUAAAUUGAAAAUUUUGUUGA